AUGGAAAGUGUCCCAGACUAUAAAGAGCCAUUAUAUGAUGUGAAGGAGCUUCGUGCAAUUGCACCGAUUGAUCUCAAGCAAUCAUUUGACAUCAGAUCAAUCAUUGCUCGGAUAGUUGACGAAAGUGAAUUUGAUGAAUUCAAGAAACUGUAUGGAACUAGUCUCGUCACUGGCUUUGCUAAGAUAUUUGGACAACCUGUGGGGAUCAUUGGCAAUAAUGGGAUACUGUUCAAUGAAUCUGCUCUUAAAGGAGCUCAUUUCAUUCAACUCUGUUCACAACGCAACAUUCCUCUAGUUUUCCUUCAGAAUAUAACAGGAUUUAUGGUUGGAUCAAAAUCGGAGGCAAGUGGAAUAGCAAAAUCUGAAGCCAAAAUGGUUAUGGCUGUUUCCUGUGCAAAUGUUAGCCCCUUCUAA